AAAAAUGGCAUCACAAUGGGAUACACUUCCUUUUCAAAUAUGGUGCAAAGUUCGUUUCUUUUGGGGAGUCUUCUUUUCGAGAGUUUGAUUCAUAUAUUCGGAUCCAAUGUCCCAAGAUCUCUCCAAUAAGUCCACUUCUUAACAACAAGAGGGUGUUGAUUUCCCUUUUGCAUUGUAAGUGCAUAAAGUGGUCCUUUGAACACAUACCAAAUAUGUUCAACAAGAUUGGUUAAAUAAAAGAUUCAAUGGUCUAGAUUGAAAAUGAGAUUUUUAAGAAGAUAAACAUAUUGAUUUUCGUUGAACAAUAAGUGAUAUCUUGAAAAUAUUGAAAAAUCAUCAUCACCUGUUUGAAAAAUAUGAUUAAUCAGCACGAUAAGUCGAUAACAAUGCAUUCUCGUAUAUAUAUAUGUUCGUGGAUUGACUUUAUAUAUUAUAGAAUUGUCCUCAAACCUGAUCUAUGUACACAGUUAUGGGAGAGUUUAAACACAUUUCUCGUAUUGUUCUUUCUACGCUCCCAUCAAUGCUUUGUACUAUUAGUACAACCUAAGGAUUAAUACGUAAUUCUCGGUAAUCAUGGGUUCUGAAGUGUAUUUGGGUGACAGUCACGAGUACUACAUACACAUAUAUCUCGGCAUUUGAUAGUCGUUGAGAAUGUUGCUCAUUACGAAAAUAAGAGAGACUCGAGCGCCCCCCAGGCCUCCUAGAAUCAUCGUCGUUCGCUUUGAACGACGCAAACCACGUAAAUCAAGUUGCGUUCUUUUACCAUGAGCACGAUUUAGAUGGUUGGUUGAUUAACAUCUACUCGUUCAUUCAUAUACCCCACCAAUAGAUAGAAACAAAUAGGAAUAACCAACUGUGACUUAGUUUAUGCACAUUUUACUGCCUGAUUUACACACCCAUUGUUGUUUUCUAGCAAGUAGAUUGAUUGGCAUUGGCAUAUCCUCUUGUAACCUGUACACAAUUGUCUGAAUCAUAUCAUAUCACCAUAUAUCAUUCAAUGAUUUUACAAUAAUUGGAGGGUUGUUGAAUUCAAUUCAAUUGAAUGCCUUAGCCGUUUGUUUGAUGAGAUUCCAUAGAGAUAAGGGUAAUCGGGGUGGGGAGAGCAGGUGGCCUGGCCUCUGGCCGGUCUUUUGUUGGGUAUCGUAUGAAUGAAUCUUACCCUACCGAUAUCAUAUUACAUAUAUAUAUGGUGGCAUAUUCGGUGCACCCACUUUUUCGGGUGCACUAAGUGCACCUGACUCAUAAUUGUCAUUCUGACCAUGCGAUUCAUGUCAUAACGGUAUCAAUUGUUGCUUAUUAUAUUAUAAACAAGGAGCACAUGAAUUUGAAAAAUAAUAAUUCAGAGUUACUUUAAUUCGAAGGAUUUAGGGAUUUAGGGUUAGGGUUUAGGUUUACAAUUUGGGAUUUUGGGUUGGGAUUCAAAAUUGAAGGUUAAGGGCUAAGGGUAAUGGAUUGAUUUGUUAUGAUUCUGUGUCAUAUCAUCAUAUUAGAUUGAGAGUACUAAUUAACAUUCAAAAUUUGAUGUAUUAUGGACGCUUUUAGAAUUGGGUGCACUGAGUGCACCAAAAAAGUGAGUGCGCCGAAGUAACCAUAUAUAUACAAUUGAAUGAAUUCCUGAAUUCCAGGUUAAAUUAUUGUGGUUGAUUGCCAAUCGUGAUUUGGGGGCUUUAAUUCUUUGUUUAGUUUGACUGUCGUUUGUUGGCUUCACCUUAUGUCCCUUGCAUUAGACAGGAAUCUGUCCCAAAGCUUUUGCUUUGUUAAUCAUUUGCUUAAACGACUAUGAGAAGCUUUCCUUUGGUUCUUUUCUUUUGAAUGAUUAGGGGAUUUCGGUGGAGGAUUAUUUUGGAUUUCUCCAGAUUCUAAUUGCGACAUUAACGACAACUUCCCUUCAUUUUCAUGUGUUCGAUUUUGUUUUUUUUUUGUUCUAAGUUAAAAUUUCGGGAUAAGUUUGGACAUGUCGUUUGUAAAAGGAUGACAAUUAUUGGAAUUACGUUUUAAUCACUUUUUUUGUGACUAACCAAUCAGAUACAAUACUUGGGCAUGCUACUGUUUUUGCACAUUUUCAUACAUGUUUAAAGAAAAAAAAUCGUUUUUCGUCGCCCAACAACAAACAUAAUUUGUCGACUCGCAAAUUUUAGAAAAAAAUAACAUCUUGCAAACGUUCCAGAAAUCCGCAGGCUCGCAUUAUGUUAUAUCCAAAAUUAUUCUCUUUAGCCGCUUUCAAGAAUGUCCAAGAUGUGUUAAUGAUUAGUGUAAGCUAAGUUCUAGAAACCUAGGUCGAUCCUUAACCACUUUCAAUAUUGUUUCAAUGUGACAAUGUCCAAGAUAUUUGCAAGAAGGAAUAUAUUCCAACCUAUGUCCAUAAUCCAUAUAUUUUGCACCAUGCUUUCAAUGGAAGAAUUCAUGAGCUGGGCUUACUUUGCAUUAGUUAGGAGGCCCAGAUAGCCCAUCGGGAAAAUCCUGGACAACUUUCAUCCAUCCAUUCACAAUUAGCGCAGGCCCAAUACAGAGCCCAGCCCAGGAUUCCGAACCGCACACGUAGCGAAGGCGAACAAUGACGUGGCGUGAACAAUACGCACCAGCAGCGCAUCUUAGUCGUUUUCCUUAACUUCAGCGCAUUAUUCCCGAAUCCGAUUAUGCAAUGGCUUUCAUUUUCCCAUUGUAUAUUCUUCUGUGACUUCCUCAUCUCCGUUGUCUUCUCAAUCGUCCAUCUAUCUCCCUCCGAGCUCCGAUCAACUCCCGCGAAUUAUCGUCGGAACCCUCCGAUCGCCGGUCCCGCACAGGUGAAAAUUCCCUGUUAUAUUCUUAAGUAUUUCGCAACAGCUCUUCGUUACCGUUUCUCCUAAUUCCUUAGAUCCCAACAGGCAACAACCCCCCUGAUGUUUCUUGCGCUCUAAUCCAAAAUUCGACUGUUUGGUUGCCCGAGAAAGUAUGGUUGGGGGGAGGAGUCGUGAUGCAGUGCGAUUCGUUGAUAUUGUUGUUACUUUUGUAUGGGAGAGGGGAUUAUAACCUGUGAAUUUGAUUAGCUUGAUAGAAGUUGAAUGGUGGCCAAAGCUCGGCUCUUUGGCCCUUUGGACGAAUGAGGGUUGCUUAAUGGUGGAGGUUUAUGCUCCUUUGGGUUCUGGGUUUCUGUAAAGUUUCGAACUUGAUUCUAAUAUUUAGCAUUUAGGGGUUAGUGCUUUUCAUUUGUGGCAAAUGGGGGCUCUCGUAACGUUUGACCUUCCAUCUUGCAGGAACUCGUGGUUCAAUCAGUCAACUUCUGCUAUCUGUACAAUCCAAGAUGUAUUUUGAUGGAUAUGGGUAUCACGGGACAUCCUUUGAGCAGACUUACCGGUGUUACCCUGCCUCUUUCAUUGAGAAGCCUCAAAUUGAAAGCGGUGAUAAAAUUAUAAUGCCUCCUUCAGCGCUUGAUCGCCUCGCAUCCCUGCAUAUUGAUUAUCCAAUGCUGUUUGAGCUACAAAACGAUGCUGCUGACAGAGUCUCUCACUGUGGUGUCCUUGAGUUCAUUGCUGAGGAAGGCAUGAUCUACAUGCCAUACUGGAUGAUGGAGAAUCUGCUCUUACAAGAGGGAGAUAUAGUGCGAGUGAAGAAUGUGACCCUUCCUAAGGGAAAAUAUGUCAAGUUGCAACCUCACACAAAGGACUUCCUGGAUAUUACCAACCCUAAAGCUAUCCUAGAGACAACAUUAAGGAACUAUUCCUGCUUGACAACUGGUGACAGUAUUAUGGUGGCGUAUAACAACAAGAAGUAUUACAUAGAUAUCAUAGAAACAAAGCCUUCAAAUGCAAUAACCAUCAUCGAGACUGAUUGUGAGGUGGAUUUCGCACCUCCUCUCGAUUACAAGGAGCCUGAGAGAAAGCCUGCUGCAUCUGAUCUUUCGGGCAAGGCUCCAUCUCAAGUUGAAGAGGCUCCAGAGGAGAAUAUACCAAAAUUCAAUCCAUUCACAGGAGCUGGGAGACGUUUAGAUGGUAAACCAUUGCCGUACCAGCCUGCUCCAGUGUCUGCACAUUCAUCAACCAACAGCAAAAAUCCUGUUGCAGCCAAUGGUAGCGGACAGUCAUCUACUGCUGCCGCUGCUGGUUCCAGUUCACAAAAUGCUUCUCGCCAGGCCCAGGGAAAGCUCGUGUUUGGAUCAAACGCCAACCGUGCUCCUAGCAAGGGAACUCAGAAGGAAGCUGGAAAAGAGCCGAAACAAGAGCAACCGGAGAAGAAAGACGAACCCAAGUUCCAGCCAUUCUCAGGGAAGAAGUACUCACUGAGGGGUUGAUAAUUUAUUCAACAAGACAGUCAAUGCCCUCAGAGUUGAGUCCUGUUGUUACUUGGGAGUAUCAUAAGAUGCAGUAGAAUUUGUGGAUUCAGUUUCACUGGGUUGUUGUAUCAUGAUAAAGUACAUAAACUAUUAGUUAUGUAAUGAUGAUGGGACUGUGUUAGGGUUCCUAUUUGACGAGAUCGCGUGAUGCUUGUAAGCCGCUACCUUGCUGCUAAGCCGCGUUUGGUUUUCAGAUAAACGUUUGGCUUUGUCUCAGUGCAUUAUCCUGCCUUUCUCAAUCGGAAAUGCAAAUUCCCAUCUAAAAUGUUCAAUGAAGUAGUUUAGAUGACUUUUUCCCUGCUGUGGUUUGUGAACGUGUAGUUGAGGUUAUGCCGAAAAUGUUCACGAAAGUGGUGUAACCGUUCAAUUAGUAACACUAUCCAACAAGACCAGAAUAUGCAUUAUGAAUUGCCAGUUUAACAAACAAACUUCGCCAGAAAGUAAGCUGAAUCAAUAUGCUGGAAGCAU